AUGGCUGAAGCACUCGUUUCUGUUCUCCUAGAACAACUGGCUUCAAUCAUCCAUCAACAGGUAGAAAAACAUGUGACAUUGGUUGUGAAUGUUGAGAAAGAUGUUGAAAAUCUCACCCACAAUUUUCGAGCAAUAGGGGCUGUGCUCAAAGAUGCAGAGGAGAGGCAAGUGAAAGAGGCUUCUGUAAAGUUGUGGCUGGAUGAUUUAAAGGACGUGUCCAACGAGAUGGAGGAUGUGUUGGAUGAUUGGAACACUGGAAUUCUGAGGCUACAUAUUGAGAAACAAGAGAAAGAAGAAAGUGGAAAUGCUGUUGAUACGACUAAGAAGAAGGUACGUCUAUGCAUUCAUACUGCUUUCUUUUGUUCUGGCAAAGUUAGUCGAGUUAUUUAUCGUCACGACAUUGCUCAAAAGAUUAAAGAUCUUAAUGAAAGGUUAGCAACAAUUGCUAAUUGGAGCCAGAAUCUUAACUUUCAGUACACAAAAAGUGGUACUAAGCAUGUCGAGCGACAAAAGACUACUUCUUUUGUUGAUCAAACAUUUGGUCGGGUAGAUGAAAAGGAAUUGUUGGUGGCUAAGUUGUUGAGUAAGAGCAAUCCUGAAGGGCAGAGCUCUCUUGUCAUCCCUAUUGUAGGGAUGGGUGGAAUUGGGAAAACAACACUUUCCCAACUAGCCUAUAAUGAUGAUAGGGUUAAGGCCAAUUUCACAAAACAAAUUUGGGUUUGUGUCUCGGAGCCAUUUGAUGAGCUCAACAUAGCCAAAGACAUCAUUGGACAGCUUGAUGGAAAUGUCAAUUCCAUUUCGAGUAACCUAGAAGCUUACUUCCAGUGUGUGCGCAAGUCUAUUGAGGGGGAAAAGUUUCUCCUCGUCUUAGACGAUGUGUGGAACGAGGAUUAUGGGAAGUGGGAAAAGUUGAAGAUAGUUUUACAGAAGGGUGAUGUAGGUAGUAAAAUAGUAGUCACUACACGAAAAGAAGAAGUGGCUGGGAUGAUGGGAGCAGCUGAUAACACAAUCAAUUUGAAGGUGUUGAGUGACGAAAAUUGUUGGUUAUUGUUCAAUAGAAUUGCCUUUACCGAUAGAAAUCAAGAUGAAUGUAAAAUUUUAGACCCUAUUGGUAGAGAAAUUGUAAAGAAGUGCAAAGGGUUGCCUCUUGUUGCCAAGACCUUAGGUGGUCUCAUGAGGGUUAAGAAAACAAAGAAAGAAUGGCAAGAUGUUUUGAGUAAUGAAAUCUGGGAGUUGGAUACACUGUUUGGGCAACCAGUUUCUCAACAAGUUUUUCAACCGCUGUUACUAAGUUAUUAUGAUUUAGAUCCAAUAAUCAAACGUUGUCUCUUAUAUUGUGGUACUUUCCCAAAAAACCAUAUAAUUGACAAAAAUGAUUUGAUUGAGUUGUGGAUGUCACAAAGUUAUUUUGGUUCAAUUAGGAAUACCGAAAAGACAACAGUAGACAUUGGAGAAUCAUAUUUCAGUAACUUAGUAACGCGGUAUUUCUUUCAAGAUUUUGUGAAAGAUAAAUUUGGAAAAAUUAAAAGGUGCAAAAUGCAUGACAUUGUGCACGACUUCCUUCAGUUUUUGACCAAGAAUGAAUGUUCAGUCUUGGAUGUCCAAGGUAAAACCAAUGUAGAGGUACCAGUGAGGAAUAAGAUUCGCCAUUUAACCAUAACGUCUGCACGCGAUGGUCCAUUUUCUGUUUCUUUUGAUAGUCGCGGAAGUUUAAGGACACUUGCAACUUUUAGUUGUCAAAUUACUAGUCUCAACCAAGAGUUUGUUUCGCAACUAAAAUGCGUGAGGACCUUGAAUUUGAGUAAUAAUCGUGUCGAAGAGCUUCCCGAGAAGGUUGGCGGGUUGGUGCACUUGAGGUAUUUGGAUUUGUCUUGCAACAAUUGGAAGAGAUUACCCGACACUUUGUGUAACUUGAUCAAUUUGGAAACCUUGAGACUUGAAAAGUGCCGAGGUCUCGAAGAGUUACCCGAGGGCAUGGGAAAGCUGACCAACUUGCGGCAUCUCCGUGUUAAGAAUAGUAAUGCUCUGAAGUUGCCGAAAUCAAUUGCCAAGCUGACGAGUCUACAGACUCUGGAUCAAGUUAAUAUAUUUCACGAUGGCUCCAAGGCAAGUGACCUGAGAAACAUGGAUCAGCUUCAGGGGAAGCUUGAAGUAUGCUGGUGGAAGCCAGUGAAUGAUGCCGCCAAGAAAUAUGCGGAGCAAGUAAACUUGGUGAACAAGAAACACCUUGUUUCUUUGACACUAAGCUUAUGGGAUGCGGAAAGAGACAGUAUCAUCCAGGAAGAAAUACUGAACGCGUUGCAGCCAAAUCCAAAUCUGGAAGCUUUAAAGAUCGCAUGGUACAGUGGCACCACAUUGUGCCCCAGAUGGUUGAACGUGUCAUUACAUAAUUUGAAACACCUUGCUUUCCAUGCAUGCUAUGGGUGUGAAUUUCUUCCUCUUCUAGUUUUGGGGAAAUUGGUGUCCCUUGAAAUACUGCGAUUUCGCAAGAUGCGGAAAUUGAAAAAGGUAGGACAUGCCCUCGAAUCAUCCUCAUCUUCAUCAUCAUCACUUGAAGUCACUUUGUUCCCAAAGCUGAAGAAAUUGGUGUUCGUCGGCCUGGAAGAGUGGGAGGAGUGGGAAGGAAUGCCAGCUGGGUUGAGUGAAGAUUCUCUUGCAAGUAUUAAGGUAAUGCCAGACCUUUCUACAUUAGAGAUUGAAAACUGUUACAAGCUGAAGACACUGCCAGACUUCCUUUGGAAGACCCCGCUCCAGAAUUUGAGCAUCAAUAGAAGCAGGAUUCUCAGAGAAGGCAUGGAGUGGCACAAGAUCUCUCACAUCCCAAACAUCAAAAUUGAUCAUGUCAUCCCAUCUCGUCUUAUUGUUGAUUAG